AUGGACUACACCGCUCGGAUCAGGCUCAAGGUGACAGGCACCACUACUACAACUCAAAUGCUGCCCGCCGUGUUCGCUACCACAGAGGACAACAAACCAGUCCCCAUAGUGGUAGACAGAGAUGCCCUAUCUCUGUACACUACCCCAAAAGAAACGUUCAACUAUGUGGAGACGGAGGCAGGCAAAUUGGAGAGCGGUAUCGCCAGCAUAAGGACGUCCCUGGAGCCCUAUUCGGCAUGGUGUCAAGACGUCAAUGGAAACAUAAGACCCAAAGUUCAGCGAGUCACCCGCUUUGGAAACGAGGUCUGUGCUUAUUUAAGACAGCCACCGGAUGGUUUCUACCCCCGAGCUGGAAUCAUUGGUUUCGCCGGUGUGGUGGGAUUUUUUCUUGCCAGAGGAUCUAGAAUAAAAAGGAUAAUCUACCCUGCCGGCCUGAUUGCCAUUGGUUCGACCCUCUACUACCCGGAACAAGCGGUGGCGAUCGGGAAGUCCACAGGGGACUCCGUGUACGACUGCGCUCUCCAGGGUUAUGUUGCCCUUGAUAAGUUGGUGAGGCCCGGGAAAAAACAAAACAGCCCUUCGGACCCCAAACCAUGAUCACAGACUUGCGUCGAAUUCCGAGUCGACAUGCUGCAAGAUAACUAUUUGAGUUAUCGAUCGAUGGACUAACUAUACUGACUCGUCCGUCUUGGUUUUGGAUUAAUGUCUGAGGUGGGAUACUGCCUCUGUCAAGGGCUUUAAACUUGAUUAAAUUAUUUCAGAUCUAAUAUUUAUCUGCUCUUAAUAAAAUCUUAAUUUCAGUUUACACUUGCGUCAAUUAUUUCAGCAUCAUCAAGUUCAAAUGUCAAUAAAGCAGAAUAUCACUGUUCAAAUUACAUGAAACUAUUCAUUCUGUUCGAAGUGAGUCUAUUUAAGAUUAACAUUCAUCCUAGCAGUCAAACAACCAAAGUCGACUGCAUGUACUUUACAUUAUAAACAAACAGAACAAUGUCAUACAUACGUGGAUGUUUAAUAUCUUUAUUUGCCUCAUCACGAAAAAGUAUACAAAAUUUAAAUUAUUAACCAUUCCAAAAAAAAAAAGUUAUUGUUCCAACUUUUACAGAAGCACCAGCUUCUCAUUCAGGGCGAUUUGAGCUUGGGUGAGGUUGGACAAAUAGGUCACCAUCAACA